AGGUGUGAUUGCUUUCAUUCAAAAGCCCUAAAACCCUAACCCGACCCGAAGAACUUGGAAUCGGCCGAACGUAUCAGAAAGGCCGACGCCGAUCUCCGCACCGUCUACACUUCAUGUUGUGCGUUCGUCCCAUUUCCCAGCUCUCUCCUUCGAACCCUAAUUUUAUGUGUCAGAGAAUGGCUAUGAAGAGAUUACUUCUGUUUCUUAAGCCAUUUGAUGCCAACCCUGUUCUCCAUUCUGAUGCCUUUUCUCGCGUCACCACCCCGCAGAUCUUACGCCACCUCGAGAACAGACAUGAGGUGCACAGGGAAGCCAUAAAUUUUUGUAAGGAUAUUUUGCAGCAGAAGCAUGUGGAUUGGGAAUCUGUAUCACGCAAUGAUUUAUCUGAGCCAAUUACUAACGUAGACCUUGUUGUUACGGUUGGUGGUGAUGGCACCCUAUUGCGUGCCAGCCAUUUCUUAGAUGAGUCCAUUCCUAUUCUUGGAGUAAAUUCUGAUCCUACACAAGUGGAUGAGGUUGAAGAGUUCAGCAAUGAGUUUGAUGCUUCAAGAAGCACAGGCCAUCUAUGUGCUGCCACUGUCAAUAACUUUGAGCAAGUAUUAGACAGCAUCCUUAAUGGUGAGGCAGUUCCUUCCAAGUUAUCAAGGAUGUCUUUAUCUGUAAACUCGGAGCUCCUCUCAAAAUAUCCUCUUAAUGACGUACUAAUUGCACAUCCAUGUCCUGCGUCAGUCUCUCGAUUCUCUUUCAAAAUUAGGAACGAGCAGUCACGUUCACUUUUGUUGAACUGUCGAUCGAGUGGUCUAAGAGUUUCGACUGCUGCUGGGUCAACAGCUGCAAUGCUAUCUGCAGGUGGAUUUCCUAUGCCCAUUCUAUCUCAGAAGCUUCAGUACAUGGUACGUGAGCCCAUCGCCCCAGGAAAACUGUACAGUUUUAUGCAUGGGACAAUAUCGCCUGAUCAAUCGAUUGAAAUGGCAUGGCUUUGUAAUGACGGCGUGAUAUAUAUUGACGGUUCUCAUGUUUGUUAUCCUAUUCAAUACGGAGACAUUGUUGAAAUAUCCUCAAAGGCUCCGAGUCUCAGAGUUUUCUUGCCUCAUCAUAUGAUGAACAUGAUCGGGGCAGAAGAAACUUCAGAGCAACAUACACAUCCAAAAUUGUAGAUAAAUGCAUAUAUGCAGCUGAGUUGGCGACAGAAGAUUUUAUUUUGAGCUAGUGAUUGAGUAUGCAGUUUAGGUUGGCUUUCUAAUUUAAGAUUUUGAAUCAACUUGUAAUUAUAUAAAAAUUAGUGGUUGAAAUUUGACCUCUAGCUGAUGCGAUGGAAAUAUUAAUGUCCCAA